AUGUCAAUAAGGAGAUCAGAGAGGGAAACACACCCUCCAGACAGAUAUAAUCCAGCAAUUGGGAAUAACAACGACAAAACUGUUAAUCCAAAGCCAAGUAAAGACCAACCAUCAGUAUCUGCCAAAUCUAGUACUUCUUCUAGUAGACGACGAUUAAUGGAAGUGGAGUUGAAGAAGCUGGAAGAAAUACAGAAAUUGGAAAGAGCCCAUGAAGAAAGAGAAAUGGAGCGACAACGACAAGUUGAAGAAAUGGAGCCACAACGACAAGUUGAAGAAAUGGUGCGACAACGACAAAUGGAAGCUAGAGAACUAGAGCGACAGAAGCAACUGCUGACAGCGAGAGCUGAGCUUGAGUCUGCUUCAGUGUGUGGCAGUCAACAGUCAAGCCGCCCUAGUAAUCGAUCUGAAACCAAGGUAGGACUUAGCAUAAAUCUUGAUGAUGAGGAAGAACCGCAAAGCAAGGUUGAAAGGUGGUUGAAUGAAAAAGAACCGACAGUUCUUAAGUCCUCAUCAGCCAUCAUGACCUUAGCCUUGCAAAAGCUUGCGGAUACCUUCCAAAAAGCUAUACAGCCUGUUUCAUUUCGUCAAAAACAUCCAAGCUUCAGUGGCAAGCCUGAUGAAUGGCCGAUAUUUUUUUCGGCGUAUAAAAAAACUGCCUAUCUUUUUAGUGAGGAUGACAACCUCAUAAGAGUAAGGAAUUGCCUAGAGGGAGAAGCAUUUAGAAUGGUUAAGCCUCUUUUUGUCUCAAAAGAGAAACUCUGGCAGAAGAAAACUGACAUAAAGCCGGUUUAUACCAGUUCUACCGAAGACAAACAGUUUAACUGUCAAGACUACUGUGACCUUAUUCUAGCAAGGAAAAUAGUUGAAGGUCCUCCCAACUCUCCAGUCUUGUCUUGGAGCCGUUUAGGCUGGACAUUGCACGGUAAAUGUCAUGAACACAUUGGGCGAGUAGAUAGUCAAUUCACUUUAACGUCUUUUGAAAGUAAAAAACUUAAUGAUAUUAUCAAAGAUUCUUUUGAAAUCGAGAAUUAUGGCGUGUCCCUAGUAGAAGAUGACAAUGUGAAAUCAGUUGAAGACGAAAAAGCACUCAAGAUUUUAGAAGAUACAACCAAAAAAGUAGGGGAUAGGUAUGAAUCCGGCCUACUAUGGAAGUCAGAAGACUUUAAAUAUCCACCGAGCUAUGAAAAUGCGCUGAAAAGGCUUAAGGGUAUUGAAAGGAAGAUGGCAAGAGACGAAAACUUUCAUAACAAAUACAAAGCCAAGAUCACUGACUAUGAAGAAAAAGGUUACAUCAGAAAACUACGUGAUGACGAAGCUAAUGUUAUAAAUGACCGGACUUAUUAUCUGCCUCAUUUUGGGGUAAUAAAUCCAAACAAACCUGACAAACUGAGGUUAGUAUUUGACGCAGCUGCUAAAGCGAAUGGUGUGUCAUUCAAUGAUCGUUUGCUUAGUGGUUCUGACCUUUUGAACCCUCUGCCAGCAGUACUUCUCAAAUUCAGAUUAAGAAAAUUUGCGAUCGCAGGUGACAUACAAGAAAUGUUUCAUCAAGUACGUAUCAGAAAAGAAGAUGUCGAUUCGCAAAGGUUUCUAUGGAGAGAAGAUCCGAUCAACAAACCAGAUACCUAUAUCAUGGAAGCAAUGAUAUUUGGAUCAACGUGUUCCCCGAGUACUGCCUUGUAUGUAGUAAACAGCAACGCCAAGAGGUUUCUACAAAUUUACCCAGAAGCAAGUAAAGCGAUCCUCUGCAGUGAAUACAUGGACGAUCUACUAGACUCUACUGAUACAGAAGAAGAAGCUAGAAUUAGAAUACAACAGAUAACAGAAAUUCACAAGUCCGGAGGUUUUAAAAUCUGUAACUGGUUGUCAAAUUCAAAAGAAAUUUUACUUGAAAUACCGGAAGAUUUGAAGACAAACUCUACAAAACAACUGCAACCUGAAAGUCGUCUACCUACAGAACGUAUCCUCGGAAUGUGGUGGUAUGCUGAGACUGACCACUUUUCAUUUCACCGGAACGCCGAAAAGGUACAGUUAGUUGAAACAAGGUAUCCGACCAAACGUGAAGUUUUAAGAGGAGCUAUGUCCAUUUUCGAUCCAUUGGGAUUAGUUGUACCUACUACUAUAAAAGGGAGAAUGCUUGUUCAGGACAUUUGGCGAACAAACAUAACGUGGUACGAAGUUCUUUCGAUAGAACUUAGUAAAAAAUGGCAAGUCUGGCUACAAGAAGUAAAAUGUCUGCAGAGCUUCACCAUACCUCGAUGCUAUUUUAACGUCAAAACAAUUGAAGAAGUUGAACUCCAUACGUUUGUUGAUGCUAGUGAAGAGGCCUAUGCAGCAGUUUCAUAUCUACGCCAUGGAUGUGCCAGAGGUGCUUACAAGACCAUGCUUGUUAUGGCACGUGCCAAAGUAGCACCACUCAAACAAACAACCAUUCCCCGACUAGAACUCCAAGCAGCUGUUCUUGGAUGCAGAAUAGCUUGUAGCAUCAUAAAAGACAUUGACUUAACUAUUUCUCGUCAGAUAUUUUGGUCAGAUUCUGUAACAGUUUUGCACUGGCUGAAAUCCGACCCUAGACAAUUCAAACAGUAUGUUUCCAAUAGAAUUGGAGAAAUUCAAGAUUUGUCUAAACCUGAAGAAUGGAGAUGGGUUCCAUCAAAACAGAAUCCGGCAGAUGUUGCAACUAGAAGUAACAAAAAGUUUACAUCAGCCAUGCAUUCUGAAUGGAUUCACGGACCCUCAUUUCUAAUGCGAGAAUCGAGUGACUGGCCAAUACAACCGUCCACAAUACAAGUCAAGAAAAAUGAAGAAACAAAGAAGAGAUUUGUCGGAGUUGUAAACAGUAAUGAAAACCCUCCUCUUUUGACAGUUGAAAACUUUUCUUCUUGGGAAAAAGUGACACGUGUAUUAGCAUGGGUACACAGAUUUAUUAGCAUGCUAAGGUCCCAUACUACCGCCACCACCAGAAAGAAACUGAAAACGGUCAACCUAGAUUUUGGAAAUAUACCAGAACUUCAACCAGAGGAAAUUCAAAAAGCUGAACAGAACUUGAUAUCAAUGUCUCAAAAGGCAAGCUUCAAUGAAGAAAAGAAUUUACUGCUGAAGAACAAACCGCUACCAAAGUCCAGUAGAAUAUUCUCUUUAAAUCCCUUCAUUGAUCAGUCUCUAAUAAGAAUGUCGAGUAGAAUACAUAGUUCAUCAGAAAUGGUAUAG